AUGGCCUCGCGGCCUCUGCAUCCCCGCCGGAUUCGGCCCAUCGCCGCGGCCUCCCUGGUGCUCUUCCUCCUCUUCCUCUACACCCGCUCGGGUGGGGACUCUCCGCGGCUCCCGGGCUCCGAUUCGCGCUCGCUCCACCGCAGGUUCCUCUCCGGUGCCGAUCCCGCCAGCCCCGCCGCGUCCAGAGGCGGGAACCUUUCGGAGGUCACCGGGGUGAACGGCGAGCAGCUGGAGAACCCCUCCACCGCGUGCGCCGGCAUAUCGCGCCACGAGGGUUUCGGGUCCCAGUGCGAGUUCCUCCGGGCUCACCCGCAGUGCAGCUCCGGCGGAUUCGUCGACUAUCUGGACUUCUUCUACUGCAGCCUCGAGAAGAUGUCGGCGCUCCUGCGGCUCCCACCGACUGUGGCCGGUGUCACGCUGCUCCCCUUUGGUAAUGGUGCUCCUGAUGUGUUUGCCAGUAUUGCAGCGUUUAUGGGGUCUGGCGCCGGGGAUGUGGGGCUGAACAGCGUGCUGGGCGGAGCGGUGUUUGUUACUUGUGUUGUUGUUGGGGCAGUGUCGUUGACCGUUGCAGAGAAGAAUGUGCAGAUUGAUUGGAGGUGCUUUGUGAGGGAUGUUGGAUUCUUCCUGAUCACCUUGGUGGCACUGUCGAUUAUGUUGAUUGUCGGGAAGGUGACCGUUUGGGGAGCUAUGCUGUUUGUGUCGAUUUAUGUGGUUUAUGCAUUUGUGGUUGCUGCAAAUGAGUUAUUAAGGAAGCACGCACGGAUGCUGAAGUUUGAUGUAGUCACACCAUUGCUUCCUGUGAGGGGAAGUAUCUUCUCACACGGACUAGAGGAGGAUGAUUCUGUGUACAGUUCACUUCUUGAGGAGGACACAAGUGAUGAGGCGGCCCAGGUAAACACAUCAUUGCCGCAGUGGAUGUGGGCUUCUCAUGUGGCUAUCUACUCAAAUCAGGGGAGAGAUGGUUCACCUGACAGGCCUUUGUGGGGUUGGAAUGAGGAAGGCAGAGUGGAUACCUCCACGCUUAACUACUCCAAACUGUUUCUGUUUUUGGAGCUACCCUUGACAAUACCAAGAAAGUUGACGAUUCCAAUAGUUGAGGAAGACCGCUGGUCACAAGAAUAUGCUGUUGCUAGUGCUGGCUUGGCACCUCUACUCUUAGCAUUUCUGUGGAACAGCCAGGAUGGAGUAUCCACGGGUGCCAGCGUAGCAGCAUAUGUGAUAGCUGGUGUUUUUGGGAUUGCGAUUGCUGUUCUUGCUUUUACAUUCACCAGUCCCGACCGCCCUCCAAGGAGAUACUUACUCCCAUGGGUGUUUGGAGGGUUUGUGAUGAGCAUCGUUUGGUUCUACAUCAUUGCCAAUGAGCUGGUUGCACUGUUGGUUGCAUUUGGAGUGAUACUUGGAAUUAAUCCGUCAAUCCUUGGGUUAACGGUGUUAGCAUGGGGCAAUUCGAUGGGCGACUUGAUGUCAAAUGUGGCCUUGGCAAUGAAUGGAGGAGACGGUGUGCAGAUUGCUAUGUCUGGCUGUUAUGCUGGGCCUAUGUUCAAUACACUUGCCGGCUUAGGAAUAUCGAUGCUGCUUGGAGCUUGGUCGACAGCACCCAACUCUUAUGUUCUUCCGCAGGACCGCUCUCUUAUUUACACGAUGAGCUUCCUGGUUGCUGGAUUGAUCUGGGCACUUGUUACGCUGCCACGGAGCGGUAUGCGGCCUAACAAGACGCUUGGGGUUGGCCUCAUUGUUCUCUACUCAGUUUUCCUUUUCAUUAGAGUAAGCAGUGCUAUGGGGAUAUUGCCACUCCCGGGCUUGAAUUAG